ACGGGCUAUGCGGAAGCUCCAACAGGAAGUAACGUUACAGCUAAAAAGUUGUCCAGGCUAGCUAGCUGGUAAUGCAGCUGUAAGCGUGUACGUGCGUCAGAGUAAAGGGUAGCAAAAUUAUUAAACUUAAUGACAGUACAGUUAAAGGACGCCGUCUUCUUUGCCAUAUGAGAUAAACACACAAAAUGGAGGACUCCAGCAGCAGCAAGCCAUUCAUGGUGACAUCCUCUCUGAACUUCAAAGUCACCACCCCGUCCUUCUACAACCAGCCAAAGAAGUUUGCCUCUGUGGCACCACCACGGCCCAAAAGUCUGACACCUCCCUCAGGUCCUUCACCGACACCGAUAGGCACAGCUGUGAUUGGUCGAGUGGGAGAUCUGCCUCCGCUGCACAGUUCGCUCUGUGAUGACUUCCCACCCCCUCCUCCUCCUCCUCCUCCAAUGGAUGAUGAUUUGCCAGCCCCUCCCCCUGAUUGCCACACCACACCCAAUGCCUCUGACGCCCCCCCUCCCGCCUUCCCCGCUCCACCUCCAGUGGCAGAUGACCUGCCCCUCCCAGCUCCCCCUGAGGAGAGUGCCUGUCCGCCCACCUGCCCACCUCCUCCCCCUCCCCCUCCUCCCCCACCCCCUCCAUCGCUCCCUGCCUUCGGUGCCAGUAUGCCCAGUGCCGCUGGGAACCCACAGAGACUGAUGGAGAAGCAGACUAGCUUCGAUCAACAGCUAGACUCUCUAACUGACUUGCUGUCUGAGAUGGAAACCAGGGGACCUUUCAACCCCAAGCUACCAAGCCAAUAUUCUUCAGCACCAGCACCCAAACCUUCAGGUCCUCCCCCGACUGCUCCUAAACCGGCUCUUUCCUUCCUCCCACCCCCUGAGAUGGCCGACCGCCCGCCUCCAGCACCUUGGGCAGAAGAACUCAAAGCCAGAACGAAUCGACACGGCAAUCACAACCCCACCCCAAACUCUACUGCUCAGCCAUUAGCUAAGGCCCCGACUGUGGCUCCCAAGUCUGCUUUCGGAGGGAGAUCGGGAACGUCAUCAACCUCUCUGGCUCAAAAACUGAACCAGAACCUGAACCAAACCACCGCCCCAAUCAGUGUAGCACCAAAACCUCCCCCUCCCUCUGCCACCAGCUCUUUCCCUCCACCUCCCGCAGCUCCCCCCGCACCUCCUACCCCACCAAACAAUAAGGCAGCUGCCCCAGCCUCUCAUCACAUAAAGAGUUCUCCCUUUGCCAGUCAGGUGAAUGCAAACCAAAACCCUCCUGCUCCCGUGCCUCCUCCUCAACCCAAGACGAUGGCGCCUCACUCCUCCUUUAACCAACCAAUGAAAACUCCACCUGCAUCAACUCAGCCCUCACCCCCUGGCCCAGUUGCUAUCCCAGGUGGAGGUGUUCCUCUGAACAUGAGGGAAGUGGAGGAGCUGGAGAGAAUGACGAAGGACUUCAUUAAAAACAUGGACACACACGCACCUGUCAUCACCUCCCCUCCUACAGAGGUCUGUGGGAAGUGUGGCGAGGCUCUGUCCCGUACCCAGCCGGCAGUGAGGGCCAUGGACAAGCUCUUCCACUCCAACUGCUUCUGUUGCAUGAGCUGUCAUCGCCCCCUGCAGGGCAUGCAGUUCUAUGACAGGGAUGGCGCACCACAGUGUGAGGACUGCUACGUGAGUUCCCUGGCAGUGUGUUCCCGAUGUGGGGAGAAGAUCACGGACCGCGUGUUGAAGGCAGUGGGCCAGUGUUUCCACGCCCAUUGUUUCCGCUGCAGCACCUGCUCCUGCUCACUUGAGGGGGCACCUUUUAUCACUGAUGACAACAACAACCCCUACUGUGUCCAGGAUUACCACAGGCGUUUCUCCCCUCUGUGCGUGAGCUGUAAUGAACCCAUUAUUCCAGCCGCAGGCAGUGAGGAAACGGUCAGAGUGGUGGCUCUCGACAAGAACUUCCACCUUAAGUGUUACCGUUGUGAGGAUUGCGCUCGGCCUCUCUCCAUAGAAGCAGAUGAAAAUGGCUGCUAUCCAUUGGAUGGUAGGAUCCUGUGUAUGAAGUGCCAUACCAAGCGAGUCAGGCAAGCUGCGCAGUGAUUGGCUGAAGCAGCAUCACUCAAAUUAACUAUGAACCAAAUCCAAAAGCACAGGAUUCAUUCAGCUGCCGUUUUUGCCUUUGCAACAGGGCUUUCUUCAGUAUACGUGUGCAGGUUGUGAGCGUGAAUGUGCUGUGUGAGAAGGUAUGUUUGCAUGCAGAGUAGUAUUCGCCAGUCUUUGUUCGCUUUGCUUCAGUGCAGAAGUAAUGUACUGCAUUGAAAUAAACUCCCCAUUGUCUUUUAUUCCCAAUCUCCAACUCUCCAAUCUCAUUAUCAUCUAGCCAUCUUUGUGUACAAGAGCAUAUUUUUUUGUGCCAAUUCUGUUUACGCUAAAAUCUCCAGCAUAACUUGCACAAUAAGUUUGGUCAAAAGGGCAGUCUGAUGAAAAUUAAAGUUGCCUUUUUUUUGUCUUGCGACUACAUAUUGUUAGUAGCACCAUGUACUGAAAUAUUUCCAUCUUAACUUUCACUGGCUAGUCUCUUUCCCCAUGAACAUUGUAACUAUAGUGAGACAGAUUGUUACCAUAGGGUGAGGAGUAUCAGGGACCUCCUGUUUGACCACUCUGCAGAUUUCACCACUGUGGUUGGCUGUUGGUAGAGCAUAUCUUUAACAUUUUGGCAGUCGUUGUGCCUGCAAGCAUGGUUAAUGAUGCAUUCCUACCUAGAAAUAGCUUCGUAUCAGCCAAUCUACUCUGAUAGCAUUUUAAAGUUAUUGAGGUCUAAACGUUGACAGCAAAAAAAAGAUAAAAACAGUGAAUGUUGCUCUUAGUUUUUUGUGAUGUGAAUUUGAUCAUUUACAGGCAUGCAUUUAAUUAUGUCUUGUUGCUCUCUCUUAUUUAAUCACACAUAUGGUAUAAGGGCAAUAUUAGAACAAAAAACAGCCAUUUUCUUCUCAAAAACAGAGUUCAGAGCUGAUUUAACUGUAUUCUUUUCAUAUGCAUGCUUUUUGGAUGCACAAAUAAUGAACAAAAUGGACGAGCACAGAUUUGCCAAGCACAGAAUCUAGUCCUGGGAUCUCAUAAUUUAAAAAUCUGUAGUUAUAAAUGUCAGCUGCAUGGCUGAAAACAGGACCUAUUAUGUGAUUGUUGCACAAUUCCAUUGUGAAGUAAAACAUCCUUUUAGCAUCACAUUGACUCUAAAGCCAUCGCACAUGAUUAAUUAAGUUUAAGUAGACAAUUUAGAAAUACAAUAUGCAUUUUCUUGGAAUCUCUAAAAUAAUAUAAUUUAUGGACCGUUUUUAAAAAAAAAAAAAAAAAAAUCAAGUAUUAAGGUUAUGUGUGUACCAGUACUAAAAUAACCUGUCUUUACAGCUGGAUGAUAGAUCAGUCGAGGUGUUAGCUUUGAGCCUUAGGAAACAGAUGUUAAAACAUAGUGACCAAAUAAUUCAAAUGCUGUUGGCAAGAUUAAGGUUAAUAAAAUGGUUACAUGGGAUUCAGUGUUUUGACAUUCAUGUUUUUUUUUAUUAGUUUUUGUGUUUGAGCCCAGUUUUUUGCUCUUGAUCUAUUCUAUUGUUACAGUAAAUACCACUAUUCUUUCCAUUAUUUAUCUUUUGUACUUUAGUCUCUUCAUGUCAGUUACAUACUAUUUUACUCUAAUCUUACUGUACUGUAUUUCAUUGAUAAAUGCUUACAAUUAUUUGCCGCAAUUUUUAGCCCGGAGAUGUGCCUUCUCCAUUAUUGUAUUCUUCUGUUCCCUUUGAAUUGAGCCUGGUUUGCAGCCACAGAAAUCCAUACCACAUUAAGAAAACCGUUGUGCUUGCCUUGAGCCUAGUGUGCUAUAACACCAGAAUAACUAACCUGGCAGUAGUUAUUUAGCAUUGCAUGCUAGCUGUGUAGGUGGUCGUGGCAUUCCUUCUAGUAUUAUGUCUUUGUUUGCACCAACUACUCCACCUUUGUGGCCCUGCCUUUGUCAUCACAAAUGUGAUAUUAUACGUAUGAUGAUGCCUUCACGGUUGCAUUUAUCUGCCGUUUUGUUAUGUCCUAUUGUAUUACAUGCAAAUGCCUUGUCUUUUCGUAUAACUUUUUUUUUUUAUAAAUUCCUGUUUUAUAUGUGUGAAUGUGUAUAUGUUUAAAAACAAUAUUUAGCCCUGGCCCUCCUCCUUUGGCUGUAUCAAAAGAUAAACAAAUAAAAUUCUCAAUACCAAA